GCUGCAGAAGGUCUUUGCCAUCAUCCAUGAGCUUAUUAAAUCCACGGCCAUCGCGGCCUUGACUUUGGUUCUUGCUGGAAAUGUUUGGCAGCUCGGCUACUCUGUCCUCUUCGUGGCCAUCCUUUUCGUAAUGUAUGGUUUCCAUGCUGCUCACUACGACACUAUGGACAUCAGCGACUACCACCAUCUGGUGGACCUGUUCGAGGACGACCAUGGUGUUUGCGGUGGCAGGAGCAUCGACAAUCCCAACAGGCUACUGAAGGCCCUAACCCUCGCGCGAACAGGCCGACGCAGGAGGGCCGUGCUGAUCAUCUUGCUCUUUGGGCUGCUAUGUUCCGGAAUGUGGUCUAUGGUGGCGUAUUCAUGGACAAUGGAGCUCACCGAAGGGGUCUGGUCAAUCGGAGAUGAGUUCUAUGCCACAUUGCUCCUGGUUGGCACACUGAUGCUGCUCUUUCAUACGGUUUUUGAAUGGCUGUAUUGGCGAGAGACGCAGUGUGUCAUGCCCUGGUGGAAUCGGCAGCUGAAGGAGCCGUGGGAUCCAGCUCGUCAUGGCAUUCCGCGCAGGUUCCGAUGGUUUGGACUGCCCAGCAUGUGGUUUACCUGUGGCAACGCGUAUUCCGACCUGUCCUUGUGGAUUCAGCACGCAAAGGGACAGUGGCGCGGUAAGAAGGUCAACAAAGUCUUCCCUGAGGAGAUGGCACUUUUUUCCUUGCAUGCGAGUGGUGCAUGCCAGCUUCGACGAACGCUGCAGCACGCGAAACUCUACAGUGUACAGCGAUGCUCCUUCCUGACCCGUGAGGGGGAUGCAAACGCACUUCCCAAAGGCAGUGACCCCGAGGAGCUGCAAAUUAAUUUCGUCUUCUUCGACACGCAAAGCAAAGAGUACAUGCAGCCAGAGGAGGACGGAGUGCCGUGCUCAUGGGACUGCAAUGCUCCGUCUCAGAUCGGCCCAUACGCUCGGGCACGAAGGGUGCCGACCGACGUCACAGCCCCGGCAAGGGCAGAGGCAGGACAAUGGCCUGGUCCGGCCCUUCCGGAAGCUGUAAUGCGAGACCACGCUGUGCUGCGAUGCAACGAGGCAGUCAGCAGCAUGCGAGAAGUAGUGGCUGCCUCGGAAUUCCUCACACCUGCUGCGACUGUCGGAGAAAGCGGAGCCAAGGUUGCUGGUGCAGAGGAUGCGAAGCUUGGUCUUAUUCCCCAGUUUGCCGGAGGAGAGGUCCUGGUGAAGGAUGUCAGCAAGGGCGGGUGGGCCGAGACUGCGGGCAUCCGAGCCGGAGCAAGGAUCCUUCAACUCAAUGGGGUCGCUGUCCCGGGCAUGGCAGACGCGGACUUCAAGGCAGCCCUGAAGCAGCGCCCGCUGCAGAUCCGCUACGAGCAAAAAGUGCUAGAGGUGGUUCUCGAGGAUCCGGCAGAGAAGUUAGGCUGCAGUUUUUCCGGGGCCCCUCCUGCCAAUGCGGUGGUGGCCAAAGUUUCACCGGGCUCAUUUGCAGAGAGGAGUCUGAUACAAGUUGGCUACGAGCUUGUGGCCGUGAACGGAGAUGCCUUGAAAGAAUUGACCGAUGCCACGUUCAGGGACCGCCUGAAGGCGAGACCUGUCCGGCUCCGGUACCAAGUUCCUGAGGAUGCAGCUGCAGCGCAACAGGUCCAGGCACAAGCAAACGCGGCCACCACCAUUCAGGCUCAUGCGCGGGGCCACCAGGCGAGAAAGAGCACAGCGGCGAAGGCCGAAGCGGGGAAGUCUCUCGGCUGCUCGCGGGGCGAUGCCUUUGUCAUCGCCUCAGGAAUCUCAAACCUGGGAGUUCCGAAAAGGCUCGAAAUCGUGCUGGAGGACGCCGAGGUCAAACUUGGACAGCUUUUGUUGGCCGUGGGCUUGCCCUGCAACUUGCAAGGUGGGGAAGGUAUCACCUGGAGCAACAUCCAGACCGGACAGCUUCUGGUGGCCUUAAAUGGCAUGCAGAUGAAAGAACUCAAUGCCGAGACCUUCAAGCAAGCUCUGAAAGGUCGGCCGGUCCGACUCAGCUUCGAGAUUCCCCUUGCGGAGGAGAGGGCUCAGGUCAUCGACAAAGUCGAGACGCAGGAGAGCGCAGCUACAGCCAUCCAAGCCCUGGCUCGUGGUCAUGCGGCUCGAAAAGACACUGGACUGGAGGCCUUCGCAGAGACCUGCACCAGGUUCGAGGUCACGCUGUCAGAUGCUGAAACCAAACUGGGUUGUGGCUUUGCAGGACUUCCUCCCGAACCUGUCAUCGUGGCAAAGGUCUCGGAGGGCAGCUUUGCCGCCACGCACAAGAUCCAGACUGGGCACUUGCUGGUGGCGCUGAACGGUGUAGAGACACCGGAUCUGACUCCUGACACUUUCAAGCCUGAUUCUCAUGGUCUCCGUCUUGAGAUUCCGCAGGCAGAGGAGAAGGCCAAGGCCAUCGACAAAGUCGAGACGCAGGAGAGCGCUGCAACAGCCAUCCAAGCCCUGGCACGUGGUCGUGCUGCUCGCAAAGGCACCGGCCUGGAGGCAUGCUGGAUUGAUUGCGCAUGGACGAAGCAUCUUGUUUGA